AAGAAGAAAUCCAAGUAUGAUGACAACUAUGAAACGAAUGAAGAAUAAAGUUAGUAAUGGAAAUCAAAGUGACGAUGUUAAAAGUAAAUGUUUUGCCAAGCGACGACUUUAAAAGGACACGUUUUCGACUCCAAAGUCAUCUCGCCUGCGAGUCCGAAUAAAUGAGAUGGACAUUAAAGUGCUGGUUCACCAGCAACCAGCAAACAAACAAGCCGGUCAGAGGACAGUCGCCUGAUUCUGCCUCCGUUCGUCUCCACACAACCAACAGUGGUCACGAAUGUGUCUUGAGCUUGAUGGCACCCGUUAAGAAGUGCCAGGAUAAGAAGAGAAGACACCUUGUAAUUGUACCAUGCCAAAGGGGAAGAAGGCGAGUGGAACCAAGGUGACCCUCAAGAUUGCCACAAAGGCAAUUCGUAUGACCCGAGACGGAAAUCGCAGACUGACCCUCAGCAACAUGGGCAUUACCACAUUCCCCAAAUGUCUCUUUAAACUGACCAGCGUGGACGAGAUAGACCUCAGUCGAAACCAGAUACAGAAACUUCCGGAAGCUAUUGGACAGUUCAUGUCUCUCCGAUGGCUGGACCUCCAUAGCAACAAGCUGGAAUCUGUGCCGAACACCAUAGGAAACCUAGUUAGGCUGACCCAUCUAAACCUUUCCAACAACUUUCUGACUUCUCCUGGUCUACCGGAGACGUUGGGGAACCUGGCCAACUUAAAGAGCCUCAAUUUGGGGAUGAACCAGCUGGAUGAGCUGCCUUCAUCUAUGGUGGAACUCGACAACCUCCAGGAGCUUGGCCUGUUCGAUAACCGCUUCACCAAUUUGCCUGACUGUAUAAAAUUCCUGCACAACCUCAAAAAGCUGAACAUGAAACGGAACCUGUUCUCGCUGAUUCACACGGAUGGCGAGUGGAUAGCAAAGGAAACUUCCACGACGGAGGAAAGCAUGUACCUGGUGUACGAGAGCGACCUUUGUAAACGGUGCCGGAAACGCUGCAAUGAGCUAAGGGAAAAUUUUGACGUGCCGCAUUGUGACAUCGAGGAAGAGGUGGAGGAAAAGAGAAUAAUGACUUUUCAUGGUCUGAUUACACCAAAUUCAGUGGCUCAAGUCAAUCAGUCGUGGAGAAUAAGAAAGGAAGAACACGGCACAAAGGAAUGAUCAUGGUUCUCUUUCCCUAACUUCUUCUGUAGAAUGUGUUUGUUUGAUGAAUAAAGUUGCUGUAUUUACGAUC